AUGCCGCCGGAACGCAGGAGCCGAGCAAGACCGGAGCGGAGAGCGGGAGCGAGACCAGACCGGAAGACCCUAAUGAGGCCGGACCGAAGAGCCGGAGCGGGGCCGGGCGGACAGCCCCGGAAGGCUGCUCCUUCAUCCCAGCGGAAAUCGCCGGCCCGGCCGCGCGAGGCGGCCACUGCGAUCGCAGUCGCGGCGGAGGAGGAAAGACGGCUCCGACAGCGGAACCGCCUGAUGUUGGAGGAGGAAAAGCCGGCCGUGGAGCGGUACUUGGAGGAGCUGGUCUUCGGGGAUGUGGAGGACGACGAGGACGCGCUGCUGCGGCGUCUGCGGGGCCCGCAGGUUCAAGUACAGGAAGACUCGGGUGACUCAGAAGUGGAGAAUGAAGCAAAAGAUAAUUUUCCACCUCAGAAGAAGCCAGUUUGGUUGGAUGAAGAAGAUGAAGAGGAGGAGAUGGUAGACAUGAUGAACAAUCGUUUUCGGAAAGAUAUGAUGAAAAAUGCCAGUGAAAAUAAACUUUCAAAAGAUGAGCUUCAAAAGAGACUUAAAGAAGAAUUCCAGCAUGCCAUGGGGGGCGUACCUGCCUGGGCAGAGACCAGUAAGCGGAAAAUAUCUUCAGAUGAUCAGCCUGUGGGUUUGUUUGCCUUAGAUGAAAGUGAAGAGGAUGAAGAUGAUUUGUUGCAAAGGACUGGGAAUUUCAUAUCCACAUCAGCUUCUCUUCCUAAAGGAAUCUUAAAGAUGAAGAACUGCCAACAUGCUAAUGCUGAACGUCCUACUACUGCUCGAAUCUCAUCUGUGCAGUUCCAUCCUCGUGCACAGGUUGUGAUGGUCGCUGGACUAGAUAAUGCUGUGUCACUAUUUCAGGUGGAUGGAAAAGCAAAUCCUAAAAUUCAGAGCAUCUAUUUGGAAAAGUUUCCAAUCUUUAAGGCCUGUUUUAGUGCUAAUGGAGAAGAGGUUUUAGCCACAAGUACUCAUAGCAAGGUUCUUUAUGUCUAUGAUAUGCUGGCUGGAAAGCUAAUUCCUGUGCAUCAAGUAAGAGGUUUGAAGGAGAAGAUAGUGAGGAGCUUCGAAGUCUCCCGAGAUGGGUCCUUUUUGCUUAUAAAUGGUGUUGCUGGAUAUUUUCACUUGCUGUCAAUGAAGACUAAAGAGCUAAUCAGUAGUAUGAAAAUUAAUGGAAGGAUUGCAGCAUCCACAUUCUCUUCAGAUAGUAAGAAAGUAUAUGCAUCUUCAGGGGAUGGGGAAGUUUAUGUUUGGGAUGUGAACUCUAGGAAGUGCCUUAACAGAUUUGUUGAUGAAGGCAGUUUAUAUGGAUUAAGCAUUGCCACAUCUAGGAAUGGACAGUAUGUGGCUUGUGGUUCUAAUUGUGGAGUGGUAAACAUAUACAAUCAAGAUUCUUGUCUCCAAGAAACAAACCCCAAACCGAUAAAAGCUAUAAUGAACUUGGUUACAGGUGUUACUUCUCUGACCUUCAAUCCUACUACAGAAAUCUUGGCAAUUGCUUCAGAAAAAAUGAAAGAAGCAAUCAGAUUGGUUCACCUUCCUUCCUGUACAGUAUUUUCAAACUUCCCAGUUGUUAAAAAGAAGAAUAUUUCUCUUGUUCAUACCAUGGAUUUUUCUCCCAGAAGUGGGUAUUUUGCCUUGGGGAAUGAAAAGGGCAAGGCCUUGAUGUAUAGGUUGCAUCAUUACUCAGACUUUUAAAGAGAUUAUUUGAGAUCCAGUUGAGGCACAAGAGAAACCCGUCCUCAUAAAUCUUCUCAGAAAGUUUCCAGAAUGUGCCAUAAUAUAUGGAUAAUGAUAUAUUGAGCCAGCUGUGCUUAUUUAAAUUACCAGAAUUGUUUUAAUAAACCCAUAGUAACUUUUGUGUGAAA